AUGGCCAAUGUGGGAUGGCUUGUCGAGUCACUGGCCCUUCAGCAAGGACUUCCAGUGGAAGAAGUGGAUGCUGUUCCCAUUGGACCAGUCCAGUUGUUGACAGAAGGAGGCUAUGUCCCGACGACACCCGACAUGCCCGGCCCUUACACACCAUUGUGGCAGACGUUCCCCGCCCAUAACCUGCCAAUCUACAACUCCAACCUGAACACCGGCGUUUUUGUUGACCCCAUCCUUGCUCUCAUUGAGAGUGGAGAACCUGUGUUUACAGCAUCCGUUGACACCUUUGAUGUAGAGGGGCUUCGCCAAGAAGGUAUUGCCAAAAUGGUUGAAGCAGUCGGCUGUAUCAAUACGGCGCCCUGGCGCCCACCUUCUACCCCAUCUUUGACAGCUUACCGCGGGACCAUGGAAAUCAAUCCCUCCAAGGGUGUUGUGGUGGUCUUGGACAAUGACUGUGGCAAUCUAUACACUUACAAAAUUGAUGGUUCCGAUGCACAAUGUCUUGGUCGAGGAGACCUGCACGAUGUGAAAUAUGACUACUUGAAAGCAGCUGUCACGGUUGAAUCUCUGCUGGACAUGGACUCCUCCGACCAAGAAGAGUCCACCAAGGGCCAACACCAUUAUGGUCUCCGUGUGUACCCCUCUCAAGAACUGGAAGACGCAUACAUGACCAACAAGCCUCUCAUCUUUGCCUUGACCUUGGCAGCUGUGUUCGUCUUGACCUGUGCUACCUUCCUACUCUAUGACUAUCGAUUGUCUACCAAUCGGCGAAUCAGUCGGGCAAACUCGUCCAGUCCCUAUUUCCAGAACAAGUUCGUGAUAGACUCUAUGAAGAGCAAGAGGCCAAAGAAAAGAAAAGAAAGGUUCUGCCAAUGCGUGGUUGGACAAACAUAA